CACAGGUGGCAUCCUAUCAUAGUUCCACGCUGGAAUUCACUGAGCUCCUGAGAGCGACCCAUUCUUUCACAAAUGUUUGUAAAAACAUUCUGCAUGCCUAGGUGCUUGAUUUUAUACACCUGUGGCCAUGGAAGUGAUUGGAACACCUGAUUCUGAUUAUUUGGAUGGGUGAGCGAAUACCUUUGGCUAUAUAGUGUAUGUUGCCUAGAGGGUCAAUUAAAAGAUUUAUCAGUAGACUUUUGGGACAGUAUUUAAUCAAAUAUGUUUAAUUUGUGGUGCAUCAUGCUUUAGCGACUUUAUAAUGUGUUCAGAUAUAAAGGAACAAAGCGCAGGUGUGUGUCUCCAUUCAGCGCAUUUCAGCACUGCAACACACUACACUGGAAAUCAGUGGAGCUGCAAGUGAAUUUUAUUUAUAUGAUUUUGUAGCCAAGAGCAUUUUAAGUGAAUUUUCUCUGGGCAAUGCCAUAUUUAAAUGAAUGAAAAUGUUAUCAAUUACACAACACAGCUGAACUCAUAUUUUACAAAGGCAUGCUUUAUAGUUUUAUCUUAUUAAAGUUUACUAUUUGGAAACUUAUUUUAUGCAGUUGUUUUUUAAAAAAAGAAAGAAAGAAAAAGUAGGCACAAAAAGGCUUCACAUUAUAACUCAGGGUUCUUUUGGACAGGAGAAAUGAGCUGAACUUCUAAUGAGCUGCAGGUGACGUGUUUCUAAAAGACCUGAGCUCACUUACACGCAGGUGAGAAAAAUACUGCUUGUGCUUUGUAACAUUUCACAGUGCAGGCGAAAUUUCCCUUCUUGUUUCAGAAAUACUAAGUUUACAACAUCCCUUCAACUUCUAUCGUGCUUCUGAAAUGGGAAUUAUAGGCCUACUGUUGAUGUGUUGGUCAGUGGCUCCUCUGUGGAUACUGUCAUCCCUGGCAUCUCCUCCUAACAUCAUUGGUGUCAUUGUAAAAGCUCGAACUGAGACCCUGCUUACCUUGGAGUGGACUAAAAUGAACAAUUUCAGCUACAUAUUCAGAUACAGUAAUGGAACAGAAACUCCACUUACUGUAUCUAUUAAUGGGUCUGUUUUAAGACAUACAGUCUCCUCACUGUCUCCUGGGACCAAGUACACCUUUGUUUUGUAUGCAGUGUUUAAAGGAGUAAAGCACAGUGCUUUCAACUUUACUGCUGUUACUAGUCCCUCUAAUGUCGCCAGUGUUUCUGUAAAAGCUCGUUCUGAGACUGCAGUAACAUUUGAGUGGAGUAAAGUGAACAACAGUAAUGCAUACAUUUACAUCCUUAAACAAAGCAACAGGUCUGAGGCAUACAUUCCCAUGUACUGGGGAGGAUCUACAGCAACAUACACUGUAUCCUCUCUAAGUCCUGGAACCAAAUAUUCCUUUACUCUUUACACAGUAUUUGAUGGAGAGAAGAGUAGUGGCUACAACUUCUCUACAGCAACCAUGCCUGUGAAUGUGGCAAGAGUUAACGUAUCACAGCGAUUUGCAGACCGGUUAGAACUGUCUUGGGACGAAGUGAAAAGCAAUAAUAUCAGCUACAUCCUGAGUGACAGCAGCAAGGCUGAGACCACAGUUGCUGCAUUAGGGAAAGGUUCUGCAAUGACGCAUACAGUUUCAUCACUCUCUCCUUCAACCAGAUACAACUUCACUCUCUAUACUGUGUUUGAAGGCAUAAGGAGUAGAGGCCUGACCUUCACAUCAGUCACAGCCUCUCUUACUGUGACUGGACUGCGUUGUGAGCGUCUGUCUGGAGGAAAUUCUUUGGUUUUAGUUUGGGAUGCUCCAUCUGGUCAAUGGACAGGAGUUGAAGUGCAGAUGAAGGGAAGAAACCCUCAGUACUUGAAUGGAACAAGGCUUGAACUCCAUGAUCUUUAUCCUGCCUUUUGGUACAACAUGACGCUAAAAUUAUAUUCAGGAGAUGUAAAGAGUGCUCCAGUUUCAAUCAGCUGUCAGACUGAUCCAAGAGGUGAGGUCUUUACAACAUUAAAAAUAUAGAACUGAUUUGGGAAACAUGUGUUGUGAAUAAAUAUGCAAGCUUUAAGCAGGACAUGGCCCCUUAUUUUUGGCAGUGUUAUUCAUUUUUAGUGAUGUAAAUCCCAUGGUUAUUUAUGUAAACAUCAACAUGAGUUCUUCAACUGAUGGUACAUUAUAUCUUUAAUUAUUGACCUUUGACAAAUCUGUACUACCACCACUAC